AUAAAAACCGGCUCCAGCCACGACAGCGACGACGUGGCCGUGUUGCAUGCAAUUACUUUGCCCAGCACAUGCUGGAAUAGAACAGAACGGAGGCAAGUGAUGCGAAAUGCUGUAAGGUUCGUUGAACCACAGUGGAGGCAUCACAUCGCCUCGCAUCCCAUCCAAAGUGUACACACAGCCAACUGGCAGGGCGAACGUGCCGCAGCGGAGCAGAGCUCUUCCUCGGACCAGUUGUGUACCUUCUGAUGGGCCACGAAAGAGUGCAAAAAGAAGAGCCCAAGCAUGCGAGCCCGGGAGGUGGAGGUGUCAGAGCAACAACUCAGCAUGGAGUUCUUGGCAAUGCAAUGGCUUUCUGGUCUGGUUUGGUCUGUUUUGGCUUUGGCUUUGGCUGGGAUUCGUGAGCGCUGGCAUCGAGCAGGAAAUGCCAAGAGCAGAGCCCAACCUAAUCCCAGGCCAUGUCUGCUGAAGUUCAAGGAACUUGCCAUCUUUCUAAUGGCCGCGGAUCAGGCCAGGCCCACAAGCGCUUCUGUGCUGUGUCUUCCCCCCGAGGAUGCACAGAGCUCGCUAAGCGACGCCAUUGCGGCAGCCGAGGCGGAGUCCGAUGGGGGCUCACCCACCUCCAAGUCUGCCAUCGAGCCGACCGUGCGCAUAAAGUGCCUAUCGGGGUCCAUGCUGAUCACAAUCAAAGAUGCCCCGCCAAACCACGAGACCGGACUGUUCAGUGGCAUGAUCUACCCGAAAGGCCUAUCCAAGAACUCCACAUGCCUCAGCGAGUACAGAGAUCACGUGGGCUCGCUGCGGUACAAGCUGCCUCUGCGUAGCUGCAACACGAUGCCCAAGGAGACGGAUGAUGGCGGCAUUGAAUUCUUCAACACAAUCGUGCUCCAGCCUCACUUGAAGCUCAUCACUGAUCUGGGCCGUGGCUAUCAUGUGCGCUGUGCCUAUAAAAGCCGAGACGCAGCCAUCAAGCCCAAGAAGCAUCUGCGCAAGCACUCUCAAAAACCCCAGGCCUUGCGCAGCGAGGAUCGCCGGGACUAUGGAAGGUCCUUGGACAAGCAGCGCGACGAUGAACUGGACGAGGAGGAUGUCUACGACGUGAAUGCCCCGCUCGACGAAGAGGAUGUCAGCAAUAACGAAAUACCUAUGCCCGGCUGCCAUAUGAAAAUCUACAACGACGAGCACAAGAUAGCCGACGACGUAAAGAUUGGUGAUCCGCUGACCAUUGUCAUCAGCAUCGAUAGACAGCAGAUCUAUGGUCUCCACGUUACCGACUGCAUCGUGCGUGACGGCUUGGGUUGGGGAGAACAGCGACUGGUGGGAGAGGAUGGCUGUCCCAUGGACAAUGAGAUCAUGGGACAAUUUAACUACACACAGGAUCGUUUGGCCGCUAAUGUGACCUUCCCAGCCCACAAGUUCCCAUACACCACUUCCGUCUACUAUCAGUGCAAUGUGCGGCUCUGUGCGCUGGAAGAUCCGACCUGCCAGGAGGCGCCUCUGUGCAGUGGCAAGCGACCAAAGCGUCAGACUGCUGUCGAUAGCAAGGACGAGGAAGGCUUACCAGCCACUAUCGAGGUAUUCUCCGGCCUCUACGUCAACGAGAACGAGAAUGCCAAUGACAGCGACGAUGAUGCGGUCUACAAGGAGAAGACUCUGGAGGACGCUCUGUGUGUGUCGCAGCGCACCUUUGCCAUAGCCAUUGCCAUUGCGGGCCUCAUUUUGAUGCUGGCCGUAGUCGCAGCAGUGCUGUGCAUCAUGGCACGCCGCAGCACGAAGACGGUAUCCAACUCCGGCAGCUCAAUCUACAGUGGACCCUACACGAACACCGCCUUCUCGCACAGUAGUUAAACGCAGGCCGGGUCCCCCCUCAAUGUGAAAAUUCAAAAUUCAACCUAUCCAAAAUUAUGCAAAUGGAACACUCAAAGUGUUUAAAAUCAGUUAUCAGGAUGAGAUUCUGUCGCGCAGGGUGCCGCUGCGGUAGUCAACGUCAACUCCGUCGAAGCAAGAAUGGGAGCAAAUUAGUCUGUAAGGUCACAGGAGCAAGCGGUCCUUAGGUUAAGCGUAGUCAUAGGUUUGCAAAAUGUUUGUGCAGAGAUUACCGGGCAAUGGCUAUUGCCCUUUAAUGUCGCAGAGUUCUUCGCGUCGCAUCGGUCACAGAUGGAGCGGGAACUCUGUUCCGCACAGUCGGUGUUGGACUCGCCCUUCUUUGAGAGACUCCACUUUAAGCAGUGGUGCAGUCAUUAGCGUGUUUCUUGACAUCUCAUCCCUCUUUCACACUUAUUAUGCUUACCCUACCUACUACUAUAAUUUAAACACUCGAACUAACAACGAAUGCAGCAGCCGACGCUCAGGUGAUAUUUGUACUCGUAUCUACUUAAUACUUUUAACUGCUACACGUAAUUUAUUAAUUUAUCGGAUCGGAUGGGUUGCCUUCCUGCCAAAGGUCCACCAGAAGCACAAGCAAAUCCACACAUCACGUUCUUAGUUGAAUUUCCUGAACAACUUCUUGUCAUUGUUUAACUUAAACUACUGCACUACACUCUGGACUAGGGCAGCAGCAGCAGCCCUUAUUAGAAUGCAGCCGUCCCAAGCAGAAAUCUACUAGUAUACUUAAAUUACAAUAAAUAUCUUUUAACCAUUCUCAAAGUAAGCUUAGGACUUUGUACUGCUUCAAAUGGAGCAUUCCGAAUGCAAUGCCGAUGGAAUGCUCUUCUGGAGCCGUUCAAUUUACGCGUACGCAUAGAAAUGGCAACCAAUUUAAAUCUUAAACUGCGUAGUUUACAACUAAGUUAAUAUAAAUCGUAUUGAACAAUAAACUCAAAUUGACCAUAAACAAUUGUAA